AUGUAUACCAAAAAUAAAUGGAGAUUAGGUGACACUAAUUAUUCUAAUUUCAAUAAUACGGCAAAAUGGCUUGAAAAAAAGCUGUUGGAUUUAGGUGGCACUUCAUUUUAUGACAAGGGUCUGGCUGACAAUGCAACUGGAUUGGAAUCAGUUGUGGAUCCUUGGAUUGCGGAUCUGUGGCCAGUUUUGACUAAUGUUUGUGUUCAAAAACAAAAGGAAUAUGGAAAUGAUAUUAUUGAAUCUAUUACGUCUCUUUCGAUGAAAGACAAAUCACAACCCACAAAAAAUCAAUUGGAUACUAAAAUUACUAAUGAUCCUGUGUCUUCAAACAAUUCGUUCAGACCAGGAAAUAAAAUAAUAUUAGAUUUAACAGGCCUUGUUGAUUCCGAUCAACUUACUGCUAUACCUCGUACACCAGCUGUGUUUUGCAAAAUCUCAAGAUCAAACAGAGAGAAGGUUGUUUCUUCGUUACCUUCCUUUUUAGAACAAUCUUCACCUAUUUUUAAUACAAGAAUCAAUGCUGUACGCUGUCUCACACAUCCAAAUGCCGUCAAAAAAACUUUGCAUUUGGAAUUAGAUAUUAAGGAUCAUGAAAUUUCAUUUGUUCCUGGUGAUGCAUUUGGAAUAUUUGCCCCGAAUGAUGAAGUAAUGGUGAGGGGAAUCCUGAAUGUUUUAGGAAUUGAUGAAAAUGUUGCUCAUCAAGAGAUUUCUAUUGAAGCUGCUGAAGGAGUUGCCAAUCUCCCUAUUUAUUUGAAAAAUUUUAAAUCAACUUCGGUCUUUGAGUUAUUACGUUAUGGUGUUGAUUUAACAUCUUUACCACGUAAAGCUCUAUUAAAGAUGAUGGUCGAUUACACUUCUGAUGAUCAAGAAAAACGUUCUUUACUUUUUCUAUGUAGCAAACAAG